CUCUGUCCGAGCACUGACACACACACACGCAACCCUCUCUCUCCUACACCCCCAACGCACACACGCACGCACAUUGUGUUCCCUUGGUCAGUCCUCAGGUCUGGCGGGCGCGCUCUAGUUUUAAAUUCCGGUUGUGAUGUGGUGAGUAAGACUCAACAAGUCACUCAGCCAGUUACUGGUGGAGCUGUGGAUGAGUAAGAGUCAUCCAAGCAGUGGUGUUGUCACUAUACUGCAGCACUCUGGUCGUUCACCAAGACAACAGUCACCACCCUUGCCCUUCUCUGGCGGGCGAAGAUGACGUCAUCACCAUACAUGAGUCCACUACCCAGCCCGAGGUCACCCAACAGUCCGGUCAGCCCUGGUCGCUGUGUCAAAGUCAAAAAGAACCCGUUCAGUAAUCCAGACAUGCCAGGAUAUGUUGGAUUUGCCAAUCUUCCAAAUCAGAUUCACCGUAAAUCUGUCAAAAGAGGCUUCGAGUUUACUUUAAUGGUUGUAGGUGAGAGUGGAUUGGGAAAAUCAACAUUGAUCAACACACUCUUCCUCACUGAUCUCUACCCAGACAGAAUUCUGUCUUCUGCUCAAGAGAAUAUUGAUAAAACCGUAAAGAUUGAUGUAUCGACAGUGGAGAUUGAAGAGCGAGGUGUUAAAGUUAGACUGACAGUAGUUGACACGCCAGGUUAUGGAGAUGCCAUUGACAACACAGAUUGUUUUCAAUCAAUUAUUCAGUAUAUCAAUGACCAGUUUGAACGAUAUCUCCAAGAUGAAUCUGGUCUAAACCGUCGCCACAUUGUUGAUAACCGGGUCCAUUGUUGCUUCUACUUCGUCAACCCAGCUGGUCACGGAUUGAAACCUCUUGAUAUUCAGUUUAUGAAGCAGUUACACAACAAAGUAAAUAUUGUUCCUGUCCUUGCCAAGGCCGACACACUCACCAAGCAGGAGGUAGCGAAGCUCAAACGAAAGGUUUUGGACGAAAUUGAGGAGAAUGGGAUUCAUAUCUAUCCCCUGCCAGACUGUGAUACAGAUGAGGAAGAGGAUUACAAAGAGCAGGUUAGACAGUUGAAAGAAGCUGUCCCCUUUGCAGUUGUAGGAUCCACAACGGUUUUAGAUGUUGGUGGCAAGAAAGUUAGAGGAAGGCAAUAUCCUUGGGGUGUCAUUGAGGUGGAAAACCCCAAUCAUUGUGACUUUAUUAAACUCCGAUGCCUUCUUGGAACUCACAUGCAGGACUUGACAGAGGUGACGCAAGAUGUACACUACGAGAACUACCGCUCUGAGAGGCUUGCCAAGGGCGGCGGCUCUCCUCUUGCGGCUGCUACUGCUGUCAACAAUAACUCUCAUUCUAGUACAAACUCACUACCAUCUAAAAAGCAGCUUAAUUCCACACCGGUUGCUGGCCAAGAGAAGGACCGCAUGGCCAUGGAACUAGAAGAAAAAGAGGCACAGAUACGCAAAAUGCAAGAAAUGAUGGCUAGGAUGCAAGCCCAACUUCAGGACAAAAAAUAAUCCACAGUUAAUGUAGAAAAAGACCCAUUGACAUUAUAAGCAAGUACUUAGCAUAAUACAUAAGAGCUUUUGAGAAUAAAGGCAAGUACUUAGUGUGCGGAGCUACAGUGUGAAUUGGCUUAGAUUAGGAUCUCAUCUGUAACUACUUCUGAAAAUAAUUACGUAACUUUUAAUUACUAAAAAAAAAUAAAAAUUUACUAUAACAGAGGUUAAUAAAUUACAAGUUAUAUUCUUGGUGAGGAAAUUCUGUAUUGGUAUGGCAUAAAACCUUCAUUUAAGAGCAUUUUAAGGCUCUUAAUUGUAAAAUAUUCUGUGCUUGAACAUGCACAAGAGUUUUCUUUAAUAAUAUAAAAUUUGAACUCCAUAAAAUCUCUUCAUUAGGUAUAAUAUGUUAUAUUAAUUCUCUCAAUUUUUAGAGCAAUGAUGUGCAAGUGCAUGGGUAUCAUGGAUUUCAGGGAUGGUGUACAGUAAAUAACUUACCAAACAUGUACCUUAUAGUCAGUGAGAAUAAUAAUGUUUAGGAAUGUCCUGUUAACUCUGGGAAGGCCAAGUACGGGGGACGGUGGGGUCUUGUAAGUCUUAUUAAUGCUCUCGUCAUUAUUUAACUGAAUUUGGCUCUCUGUUUUUCUCUCGGUUUUGUACUUGUAAUUAACCCCCCCUCAUCUGAGAUAGGGUUUAUUCAUAUUUUGACAGAACAAAUUUAUAAUAUUCCCCAUGUAUAAGAGUAUCAGUGUUAUCUUAGUUAUUGUAGUUAAUAAACACACUUAAAUUUAUGUUUUGUUGAUGUAUUUGUAGAAAAUAAAGUUGUAUUGUAAGAUUUACUGUGCAUGCCAUACAGUGGUCUGACACAUACCUGCAGCCUCACAUUAAACCCAAAGAAUGCUACUCUCUUUUUCUUAAUCUUUAUUGUUGCCUCUUAUGAUUGUUAAAAUUUGAUUUCUCAGGCAUUUUUCUUGUUAUUAAAAAUUACUCAUUUGUGUAGACACAUAGCAUGUUAAAACCAGUACAGAGUCAACAAAUAAAGCAAGUAGGGGUUUUGAAUCUUUGAAUCUAAAACAAAUUGCAACUGAGUUUUAUUUUGUCUACUGGCUAAUCAUUAUUGAGUGAACAACUUAGCCUUUGUUGUGGUCUAUUGUAUAAAGUCAUGUAGUCAAGACAUGUGAGCAGGUCAAUGCACUGCCUGGCUUUGUUAAGAGGUAAAGUCAAAACAUUUCUGGUAAGACAAAAUAGUGGCUGACAAUCAUGUUUUCAAACUAGAAACUUACUUAAAAGAAUAUAAAAUAGUAAUUUUCUUAGCAUGGUGUUCAUUACAUGAUUGAAGUACUGUGCGUGCACCUCACAAAAUAUUUCUUACACGUAUAUGAAGUUGCUUGUUGUAUUGUGAUUCAUCAGGUGUUCCUCGGAGCAUGAAACACUUCACGCACUAAUCCAACUACGAAACAACCUCAAAUGAAAUAAAAUGAAAAUAGAUGACUGUAUUUGUGCUGCAAAUAACAGAAAAUUUAGUGUUUUCUUCAAGAUCAACUGUGAUGUGAUACAAGAUAUUGGUAAUAUUAAUUAGUGCUGCUCUCGGUACCAUAUAAGCUUCUUAUAGAGGUCCAAGCUUCAUUGUAACGGAGACCUUUUUGUUUAAUCAGUUCCCACCAAAGUAUGUUAAUCUAGAGCUUUUAGGAUAAGCGUAAUUGUAAUUCUUAAUUUUAAUAUUUAGGUUAUUGGCCAUUUAGUGUUAAGUCAUCACUUAUGAUCUAGUCUUCCAAAUUUAGCUGGCCUCUCAAAAUUAUUAAACUAACAAGGAAGGCUGUUCAUCAAUCAAAAUGGGUGCAUUUGUAUCAGGUUUACCUGGGACCUGAAGACCUGCAAUUUGGAUUGCCCAUGGCAUUUGAAUAACACUGCCAGUAUUGAGUCAUUUGAUAUUAAGCAUGGGUGUAUGAGUUCACACGCCUCGGUGUUUCUCAUGAAGCAUUUUGAAUCGGUCAGUUAUUUAUUGGCAUACAAUGUGUGUAAGUAUUGCAUGUCUUGAUCUGGAUAAUUAAACUUCUGGUAUAUUAGCUGCUGGUCAAUCAUUGUAUGAAUGUAUUGUAUGUGUUUAAAUUUACUUGUCAAAGUCAAGAAUAUAAAAAAUGCACUUGCUGCUGGGAAAUGUGUGCUAAGCAAAGGGUCUCAUAUUUAGUAUUUUUGCUUUAUUGCCUAAAAUGUGAGAUUUGAGACUGAUCAAUUGACCUCGCCUAUUUAAAAGUUCACAAAUGGUGAUUAAUUUGUUCUUGUAUAUUCGUAUCACUUUAUUGUUGGAAAACAAUAAUUUGAGUGAUAUUUAAAUGCCUCCUGAAGCUGAGUGUGCCUUAAUAAUCACAAAAUAGAGUAGCUGGUUAAAAUUUCUUGAGUAAAUGAAACAAACAUUUAAGGCUUAUUUACAGCUUUCUAUAUUUGCCACUUCAUUCUACACUAAUCUACAUUACAAACCACUCCUCUCCCUUGAAAAAACCCACCAGUUUG